CCGCGCGCCGGAACUACGAGUCCCGUGGUGCCUCGCGCGGGCAGCAGGGCGCGGGAGCACGUUGCUGGUGGGCGCGGCUGGCGAGCCGCUACGUGUCUGUAGAAGCUGCAGCCCAUCCCAAUCCUUCAAAAUGCAGUGGAAUGUACUACGGACUGUGUCUUGGCUGGCACCCAGGAUGUGCUUGGAGUCACAGACAGCUGGGCUUUUUGGACACCAUCAGCAUGUGAAGGGACCAUUACUUUUACACCAUGCCAAGUCCAGAGUGGUCUGGGCACAAAGCCCCCAGGAGCAGUUGCUGCACUCAUCUGUACCCCAUUGCCGGGCAGAGGAAAGAAAGCCACUGGCAACACAGCCUCCUCGGCCCGGGGUCCUUUGCCAUGAACAACAGUUGUGGGAUGUUUCAUCUACCAGGGGCUUAUCAUCCAGCACCACUCAGGCAACGCCUUCAGAUAAAAAGGAGGAGCCUGAUCCUUUGCAAGACAAAUCUAUUGGUCUUUAUCAGCGAUUUAAGAAGACAUUUAGACAGUAUGGGAAGGUUUUGAUUCCUGUGCAUCUAAUAACUUCUGGUGUUUGGUUUGGAACUUUUUAUUAUGCAGCUAUAAAAGGAGUGAAUGUUGUUCCUUUUCUAGAACUCAUCGGGUUACCUGACAGUGUUGUGAACAUCCUGAAAAAUUCCCAGAGUGGAAAUGCCCUGACGGCCUAUGCCAUGUUCAAGAUUGCAACGCCUGCCCGAUACACGGUGACCUUGGGAGGAACAUCCUUCAUGGUGAAAUAUCUACGUGGUCGUGGCUACAUGUCAACUCCACCACCAGUCAAGGAGUAUCUGCAGGACAGGAUGGAGGAGACCAAGGAGCUCAUCACAGAGAAGAUGGAGGAAACCAAGGACAGACUCACGGAAAAAUUGCAAGAAACCAAAGAAAAAGUUUCCUUCAAGAAAAAAGUGGAAUAGGGUGCCUUAUAUAACACAACUUACAAAUAUUUUCUACCCUUUAACCCUCUGGAGCUUUAGGCGAAGAUACAUACUUCUGAUUUUUUUGGUUAGUUGCUAAAAAAUACCAGUUUGCUGAGGGUUAAAGAACUAGAAUACCUUUUUAAAGUUAAAUAUUAUCAGAAAAAUCAGUGUUUUUUUUAAAGACGUGAACCCAAUAUGAGAACAUUACAUUGUAGAAACAAUAAGCAGUGGCUAAUGUCUUUCUGACCAGGGCUGUCUUCCCCGAUCUGCAGGCACACUUGUGCUGCUGUCUCCCACCUGCUAUAGUGUGUGCAGGCAAGGAAGCUGGCACUGGGUAACUGGUGUGGCAUGCCCGCAGCCAGGCUGUCGACACUGGGUCAUACACGGUCUUUCUGUUAUUCACUAGGAUUUAAUGCAUCCACUGCUCAGUGGGGAACUAGCUUUCACCCCCAGGCUCUCUGUGAAUAGGAGGAGAAUUUAGUCUUUCUAUAAAAAGCAUCUAACACUUUCCUACCAUGGAAAAGAGACAUUGUAUGAAGAAAGUUGAAUAAAAAUUCAGUCUUGUGUAUGCAGAUUAGAUGUAUUGGUUAUAUGUAAAUGAAAAACAAAGCCUUCAAGUUUUUACCUGAAGCCUGUCAGUUACAUUUUUAAAGCAAAUACAUGGCCAUAGUACUUUUUAAGGGUUUAUGUCAGUAGUGGCCACUAGAACAUUUUUAAAAUCAUUUGUUGCUGCUUUAGCUGACCUUUUGGAAGAAGAGUGACUCAAGCAUGAGGUUUUCCAGCCCCUGGAGGCUUGGGCAACCCUGUGGUGCCAUGCUGCCAUGGGGAGAGCUGUCCCUGCCCAGGAAGUACUGCACUCAGCAUAGCCCUGUAGUUUCCCAGCAUCUUCAUCUGAGUUACUAUUAAUUUAUUAUGGAGUGAAUCUUAAAAUUGUGGCCUCUGUAGGCCAGGGAUUUAGCUCAGUGGCUGAAGCGCCUGUCUGGCAAGUGGAAGGUCGUGAGUUCAAUCCCCAAUGACAAAAAAAAAAAAUGGCCUCUGUGAUUUCUCUUAAUAAUGAAGGAAAAUAUCAUUGCUCAGGCAUUUUACUUAAUUGUAUUAACAUGCUCCCAAAAGAGCUGUGAUUUGUAUGUCUCACUUCCGAUUGGCAUUCCAUUGUCUAGUAUUAUAUUGCUAACCACCAGUAGUUCAAGCUGCUCGGUGGGACAGUUAUCCAUAUACCACCAGUGGUUCAAGCCAGCAGGAACAUGUUAAUAGCAAACUUGCUAUUAAAGUAUCUGCUUCAGCCAGGCCUGGUGAUAAAUGCUUAUAAUCCCAGCACUUGGGAGACUGAGACGAGAGGAUUGGAAGUUUGAGGCCAACCUGGUUACACAGUGAGAUUUUCUCUAAAAAAUAAAAUCAAACUUGAAAAUUAAAUUUAGCAGUUGUCAGAGAGGAAAUUAAUGGGAUUCUGGGAAUAUUUUGCAUUAACAGCUUUUACUUUAAUUCUAACCCUUGGAUUGAUUUGGAGGAGGAGGAAAUAGCCUCUUUAGACACCCACUUGCUACAACAAGGGGUGGUUAGAGUCCUUACUGUGCAGCACACAGAUGUCCUGUCCAAUUGCUGCUGUCUGGCAAGGAUUUGUUUAUGUGUACUAUGACACUUGAGCCUUUGCACUCUCCCACAUCCCCAGGCCUCUCCCCUAUUCUUUUAUUUUAAAGAAAAAAGAAACCAACAACAACAACAAAAACUCCCAAAUGAUAGCAAUACAGAAUUUCAAGACAAGAUGGUAAGAAUUUAACAAUGGUUGUUACAUUGUAUAUUAUUAUCUUGAGAACAGUUGCUCAGAUUGCCAGAUACAUCUGAGAAUUGUAUAUUCAGCUGCCCAUUUUUGGAAUGACUAUUUGAAUUUGGUGGGCCUAGUUUUUUCAAUUCUUUGUACGUUCUAGAUAGAAGUCCUUUGUCUGAGGAACAGUUGGCAAAAUUGUUUUCCAAAUCUGUGGGUGUUUUUUUCACUGUUGUUAAUUUCUUCUGAGGUACAAAAACUUUUUAACAAAUGUUGAUUCUUUGAAGUACUUCCCUGUGCAGUUUGGUUUUUGUUCACAAACUCUUAAGCCUAUUCCUUUGUAUUCAAGAUUUCUACCUACUUUGUCUUCCAGUAGGUUUAGUGUUUCUGUUUUUAUAUUUAGCACUUUGGUCCAUUUUGACUUUAAUUUACUACAUGAUGAUAUUCCUGGGUCAAAUCUUAAGUCUUCCACAUGUGGAAAGCCAGUUUUUCCAACACCAUUUAUUAAAGAUUCUUUCUUCCAGUGAACAUGUUUGGCCCCUUUGUCAAAGAGGAAGUGGUUGAAUGUGUUUGUAGUUUUAUCUGCAUCUUCUAUUCUGUUCCAUUUAUCCUCGGGUCUGUUUUUUUUUGGGGGGGGUAGUUUGUUUUUUGCCAGUUCCAUGCUGAUUUUAUUAGAGUAGCUUUGUAGUAUAAUUUCAAGGCAAGGAUUCUGAUGCCUCCUGUCUUGCCUUUGUUGCCCAGGAUUGCCUUUGCUAUUGCCUUUGCUAUCUCUUCCAUUUCUAGAUGAAUUUUUGGAAUGUUUUCUCUAGAUCUGUAAGGUAUGCUAAUGGUAUUUUGAUUGGGAUUCAUUAAAUCUGUAUAACAGUUUUGGGAGUAUGGCCAUUUUCACAAUAUUGUUCUUCCUAUCAUGAAGAGAGGAUCUCUUUCCAUUUUCUGAGAUCCUCUUCAAUCUCCUUUUUCAAAGAACUAAUUUUCAGUAUCGAUUUUUACUUUCUUAAUACUUAAUACUUAGGUUGAAUCCUAAGUAUUUCAUUUUUUGGACACUAUUGUGAAAAGUGUUGAUCCCCAAUUUCUCUCUCAGUGAGUCUGUUGUUUGUGUAUAAGAAUGCUAUUGAUUUUUGAGUGUUGACUUUGUAUCCAGCUAUGUUGCUGAAUUUGCUUAUUAACUUUCAUAGUCUUAGGGUAGAAUUUUUGAGAUCUUGUAUCUAGAGUAUCAUGCAAUCUGCAAAUAAUAAUUUAACUUCUUCCUUUCUUAUCCUUAUUCCUUUUAUUUCUUGUUUGUCUAAUUGCUCUGGCUAACAUUUCCAGAAGUUAGUGAAUAGGAGUGAUGAUAGUGGACAUCCUUGUCUUGUUCCUGAUUUUAGAUCAAAAGCUUUCAGUUUUUGUCCAUUUAAUAUAAUGUUGGCUGUUGGUUUGUCAUCAAUGGCUUUUAUCAGAUUGAGGUAAAGACCAUCUAUUCUGAUUUUCUGUAGGAUUUUUAUUAUGAAUGAGUGUUGGACUUCAUUAAAAGCUUUUUCUGCAUCUAUUGAGAUGAUCGUGUGAUUUUUGUCUUUGACUCUCGUAGCAUGGUGUAUUACAUUUAUUGAUUUGUGUAUGCUGACCCAUCCCUGCAUUCCUUUGAUGAUUUGCUGCAUUCUUUUUGCCAGUAUUUUAUUGAAGAUUUUUGCAUCUAUGUUCAUUAGAGAGAUUGGCCUGUAGUUCUCUUUUUUGCUUGAGUCUUUUUCUGAUUUUGGUAUCAGGGUAAUACUUGCCUCUAGGAAUGAGUUAGGGAGAAUUGCUUCCUUUUCAAUUUCCUUAAAGAGUUUGAGAAGUAUCGUGAGGUCUUACCUGAAUUCAAUCUUGUAGAAUUCCGUCGUUAAUCCAUCAGGACUGGAAUUUUCUUUGUUGGUAAAUUUUUAAUGACACAUUUAAUUUCAUUAACUGAUAUUGGGUUAUUCUGAAUAUUUAUAUCUUCUUGAUUCAGCUUUGAUAUUUCAUACUUUUUUAAGAAUCCAUUUCUGCAUUUUCCAUCCUGUCCCAGUAAACAUUUUUGAACUAGGUAUUGAUGAUCUUUUGAGUUUUCACAGGACCUGUAGUGAUUUCUUUUUUCAAUGCAAGAAUUUGAGUUUUUUCUUUGUUUCUUUUUUUUUUUCCUAAGGUUCGUUAGGGGUUAUCAAUUUUGUUUAUUCUUUCAAGGAAGCAACUCUUCAAUUCAUUAUAUUGUUUAUACAAUUCUUUGUAUUCUUAGUCUCAACUACAUUAAUUUUUGCUAUGCUUUUUAUAAUUUCCCUUCUAUGGGCUUUGGGCCUAACUUGCUCUUCUUUUUCUAGAAACUUGAGUGUAGCAUUACAUUGUUUAUUUUGUGCUCAUUCUGUUUUCCUGAUGUGAGAGUUCACUGCUUUAAGUUGCUCUCGUAGGACUGCUUUCAUUGCAUCCCACAGGUUUUGGUAUGUUGUAUUUAAAUUUUUAUUUGAUUGUAGGUAUUAAUUUCAUCUUUAAAUUCAUCUGUGAUCCAUUGGUUGUUCAGGAUGGUGUCAUUUAAUUCCCAUGUGUUUGUGGAGUUUUUGCAGUUUCUUUUGACGUUAAUUUCAAUUUCAUUGCACUGUGGUGUGCUAAUAUGCAUGAAAUAAUUUGUUUCUUUACAUUUACUUAAGGAUGUUCUGUGGGCUAGUAAAUGGAGAGAACAUCUUUGUGCAACUGAAAAGAAUGUGUAUUCUGAUAUUAUUGGUUGGAAUACUCUGUAAACAAUCUACUAAGUUCAUUUGUUCAUAUAUUUGAUUCAGUUCUGUUAUUUCUUUGUUGAUUUUUGUCUAGUUAAUCUAUCUCUUUGUAAUAAUCAGAUAUUAAAGUCUCCCAGUACAA